CGGGGAGAACUACAUUUCCCAGGUGGCCCUGCGCGGGCAGGUUGUGUUGGUUGGCGGAAGCGGAAGGUGGUGAGCGGGCCGGCCGGCCGGCUGAUGACGGGAAGUCUUGCGCUGGUGUAUCCGGGCUCGGCGCGCGACGCUCUUCCUUUGGCGCCGGCUGCUGUUGAAGCGCAGCUUCCAUGUGCGCAUCGGCCGCUCGCUGAGAGGCGGCCCAGCAACCACCAGACCCGGUUAUAUAAUUCAAAAAUAAAUUGAGAGAAGGGGAAAAGGCCAGACUUCUUAUUUUUUAAUCAAACGUCGAUUGUCUUCGAGAGCGCGGCGGAGAAACUUCCAAUGGAUCCAACUAAAAUUAUCGAGGCCCUGAGGGGCACCAUGGACCCUGCGCUGAGGGAGGCGGCUGAGCGACAGCUCAACGAGGCCAACAAAGCUGUUACGUUUGUAUCAACUCUGCUUCAAAUUACAAUGUCAGACCAAUUGGACUUGCCUGUGAGACAAGCAGGUGUAAUUUACUUGAAAAAUACAAUAACGCAGUACUGGGCUGAGCGUGAAGCUACGUCUGGUGAUGUACCACCAUUUACUAUUCCAGAAGAAGAUCAACAGUUCAUCCGUGACAACAUAAUAGAAGCUAUCAUUCAGUCACCUGAGUUAAUAAGGGUGCAACUCACUACUUGCAUUCACCAAAUUAUCAAACAUGACUAUCCAGUCAGGUGGCCAGCCGUUGCUGAUAAAAUUGGAUACUAUCUACAGUCUGAUAACAGUGCCUAUUGGCUUGGGAUCCUCCUCUGCCUCUAUCAGUUGGUGAAGAACUAUGAGUACAAGAAAACAGAAGAACGAAGCCCAUUGGUGGCAGCUAUGCAGCACUUUCUGCCAAUGAUGAAAGAUCGUUUUGUCCAACUUCUCUCUGAUCCUUCAGACCACUCUGUCCUAAUUCAAAAGCAGAUCUUCAAAAUUUUCUAUGCACUUGUUCAGUACACUCUACCGUUGGAGCUGAUAAGCCAGCAAAACCUUACUGAAUGGAUGGAAAUACUCAAAACAGUUGUCGAUAGGGAUGUUCCUCCUGAAACUCUGCAAGUUGAUGAAGAUGAUAGACCUGAGCUCCCUUGGUGGAAGUGCAAAAAAUGGGCUUUGCACAUCUUGGCCAGAUUAUUUGAAAGAUAUGGAAGUCCAGGUAAUGUCUCCAAAGAAUACAAUGAAUUUGCUGAAGUAUUCCUCAAAGGUUAUGCUGUCAGUAUCCAGCAGGUGCUUUUGAAAGUUUUAUAUCAAUACAAAGAAAAACAAUAUGUGGCUCCUCGAGUAUUGCAGCAAACAUUGAACUACAUCAACCAGGGGGUUGCACAUGCUGUCACCUGGAAAAAUCUGAAACCUCAUAUCCAGGGCAUUAUCCAGGAUGUUGUCUUCCCCCUGAUGUGCUACACAGAUGCAGAUGAGGAGCUCUGGCAGGAGGAUCCGUAUGAGUAUAUUCGAAUGAAGUUUGAUGUGUUUGAAGACUUCAUCUCUCCAACAACAGCUGCUCAAACAUUAUUGUACACAGCCUGCAGUAAAAGAAAAGAAGUGUUGCAAAAAACGAUGGGUUUCUGCUACCAGAUACUCACAGAACCAACUGUUGAUCCACGGAAGAAAGAUGGAGCUUUGCAUAUGAUUGGCUCCCUAGCAGAAGUCUUGUUAAAGAAAAAAAUCUACAAGGAUCAGAUGGAAUUUAUGUUGCAAAACCAUGUCUUCCCACUAUUCAGCAGUGAGCUGGGCUACAUGAGAGCAAGGGCUUGUUGGGUCCUUCAUUAUUUCUGUGAGGUUAAGUUUAAGAAUGACCAAAAUCUGCAGACUGCGCUGGAGCUGACCAGGAGGUGCCUAAUUGAAGAUAAAGAAAUGCCUGUCAAAGUGGAGGCUGCUAUAGCUCUUCAGGUCCUCAUUAGCAACCAGGAGAAAGCCAAGGAGUACAUCAAGCCUUUUAUUAGACCUGUAAUGCAGGCUUUGCUGCACAUCGUAAGAGAGACUGAGAAUGACGAUUUAACUAAUGUGAUUCAGAAAAUGAUUUGUGAAUAUAGUGAAGAGGUGACCCCUAUUGCAGUGGAGAUGACUCAGCAUUUGGCAAUGACCUUUAACCAAGUCAUACAGACAGGCCCAGAUGAAGAGGGCAGUGAUGAUAAGGCAGUAACUGCGAUGGGAAUUCUUAAUACUAUUGAUACACUCCUUACGGUUGUGGAAGAUCACAAGGAGAUCACACAGCAGCUGGAAGGGAUCUGUUUGCAGGUUAUUGGAACUGUCUUGCAGCAGCAUGUGCUAGAAUUUUAUGAGGAAAUCUUGUCUUUGGCGCACAGCCUGACUUGUCAGCAAGUCUCACUACAGAUGUGGCAGCUUUUGCCUCUUGUUUUUGAGGUCUUCCAGCAAGAUGGUUUUGACUAUUACACUGAUAUGAUGCCUCUCUUACACAAUUAUAUAACCGUGGACACAGAUACGCUACUGUCUGACACCAAAUACUUGGAAAUGAUUUACAGUAUGUGUAAAAAGGUGUUAACAGGAGAUGCAGGAGAAGAUGCAGAAUGCCAUGCAGCUAAAUUACUAGAAGUGAUCAUUCUACAGUGCAAAGGGCGUGGCAUUGACCAGUGUAUACCUCUGUUUGUGGAAGCAGCACUUGAGAGGCUGACCAGAGAAGUCAAGACCAGUGAACUAAGAACUAUGUGUCUGCAAGUUGCCAUUGCUGCUUUAUACUAUAAUCCAAUUCUAUUGCUGAAUACCUUGGAAAAUCUCCACUUUCCCAACAACACUGAGCCAAUCACCACCCAGUUUGUUAACCAGUGGCUGAAUGAUGUAGACUGCUUUUUAGGUUUACAUGACCGGAAAAUGUGUGUCCUCGGUCUCUGUGCAUUGAUUGAACUCAAACAGAGACCACAAAUUGUGAACCAGGUUGCAGGACAGAUUCUACCAGCUCUCACUCUUCUCUUUGGUGGAUUGAAGAGAGCUUAUGCUUGUCGUGCAGAGCAUGAAAAUGACAGUGAUGAGGAUGAGGAUGGAGAAGAUGAUGAUGAAAAUGAAUUAGGCAGUGAUGAAGACGAUAUUGAUGAAGAUGGACAAGAAUAUUUAGAAAUGUUGGCGAAGCAAGCUGGGGAAGAUGGCGAUGAAGAAGACUGGGAAGAUGAUGCAGAGGAGACUGCUCUUGAAGGAUACUGCACCAUUGUUGAUAAUGAAGACAGCAAUAUUGAUGAAUAUCAGAUAUUCAAAAGUGUACUGCAAACUAUUCAAAACUGUGAUCCAACCUGGUACCAAGCCCUAACAUGUAAUCUUACUGAUGAGCAUAGGAAGCAGUUGCAAGACAUUGGAACUCUUGCAGAUCAGAGACGAGCUGCUCUAGAGUCCAAAAUGAUUGAAAAACAUGGUGGAUACAAGUUCAACGCUCCAGUAGUGCCAGCUUCAUUUAAUUUUGGUGGUUCUGCCCCAGGAAUGAAUUGAGUUCGCUUUUGAUUCAUUGUACUGUGUGACUGGUUGUAGUGAAAGCUUGUGUUGUUCCUUCCAGUAGUGGUUCCAAACAAAAAAAAAAAUCAGUUCUCAUCAUCCACAAAAUCCACUCAACUUCUACUACAUGGAAUGGACAAAAUGACCAGAGAAGUGAGAAUUUGAUCAUGAGAGCCCUCUGGAAAAGAAAAACAAAAGUUUCAGAGGAACAUCGGCCUGAGAGAGAGAGAGAGACUAGUGUUAAUGAAAAUAAAUAUCUCCAAACCAUAGGAACCUGAAAAGAGAGGAAAUGUCACGUUGACAGCUUAUUCCUUGAUUUGAUUUCAGGCAAGGAAAUCAUUGGCUUCUGGGAUAAUUUCAGCACAUUGGUAGUUUAGGCUAGCAGGCGCCUCCAGUGUUUACAUCCAUGGUAGUGUUAGUAUUAGUCUGGUUUUCUGCAUUGAGUUCAUUUUUAAUGUAAAUAAGACAGCAGUUGGGUAACUCGCAAAAAUUGUCUCCAAGUUUUCCUGUUCAUGCCAAGGUUAAAAAUGAUUGUAUUCAAAUGUAGACUAUCGGACGCAGAACGUAACACUACAUAAUGGCAGAUGUGUAUUUGUAAAUGCAUAAAUAGCACUUUGAUAUUAUGAAAACCUUCUAGCCUUCUGUAUUGAAUAGCAAGUUUAUUUGCUGUUCUACAAAUUCAAGGGAUAUGUGAUCUAAAUAUAAGUGGAAACAUUAAGUUUAAAAAAUGAGGUGUCUUGCCUGUAGUCACCACUGCUGGUUUUGAUUGGGAUUUUGGCUAUAAAAAAGUCAAUGAUAUUCCAUUGCUGCUGAAAAUGGCGAUGCCCUCAGUGCCCUUUUUUAAGCUCUCUAUGUACAAGUCUUUUUUAAAAAAUAAUAAAUUUGGAUACAGUGAAAUUGUAAGCACUGGUGAGACUAAUUCAAGAACAACAAAAAUCUAAUAGCAUGUAAAAUUGGACUUUAAUGUAAAGCUCUAAUAUCCAAGUGAAAAAAAAAAAGUGCUGUCAUUGGUUGAGUGUAUGGAUGAGCCAUCUGUAUAUGCAACAAGCUAUUAAAAAGGAAAAAUUGGGUUGAACUUGGUUGUAAAAAAAAAAAAAUGGUCUUUGUUUAACUUGUGUAAUGUUAAGCUUUCUCUUGAAAAAGGCCUUCAAGGUUAGGAGGAAAAUACACUGAUGAUCCUUUUCCAGGCAGUUGUUUUCUCAUGAAUAACCAGUUCAUUGUUAUCAACAUAAUUUAAAUUGCAUUGUGCACUGUUCAGGUGCUGAUAACUGCAAAUCAUUGUUGUGCUCGUGCUAAAAUGCACAUUAUGACUUUGGUAAAAAUGAUGUGUUAAAAUUAAUGGUCAUCUAUUCACAUGGUUUGCAAAACAGUUGUUGCUAUACUGUUUAGUUACCUGAUUAACAGGUUCAUGUUUAAGUUAAUGUGCUCCAAAAAAAUUGAUAUUGCAUUAUGCUGCACUUUGUUUAAACACAAUUUUGAUCAAAAGAUGUCAUGAUUAAGCAAUGGUGAUUUUGUACUUCAUUGCAGUAGUGUGGCAGAUGACUACAAAGAUGGAAAAAUGAACAAGUGGUGUUUGCAGUGAGAAAAUCACGCUGGAAGGCUUGGGAAAUGGACGGAAGUACCAAACUGGUUGAAAUUUAUACAGUAGCUAUUGUAAAAAGAAUCUGGAAAAAAUUCAGAGCCACGGAUAAUGAAGUUUGGGACCUUGAGUACCUACCAAUAAAAACCACAUGGCGAUAUGGCAGAAGAGCAUUAAUAACUUUUGCGAUUCCUGUAACCUUGUGGUGAUAUUCUGUUACAAACUUUAAUAAAAAAAAAUUGAGGACUCCAUAAUAAACUUAAGUUAGUUCUGCUUUGUGCAAUCAGGAGAGUAGGCUUUACUGUGGAUGAUGCCAGGAUACACUAAACGUGUAUCUUGAAUACAGUUACAGUAUUACAAAAUGCAUUAAAUUGAACAAUUUCACUGAA